UAUGCUCUCGUAUAUACCAUAUAUGUCUACAUACGAUGUAUCUAUAUAAUCUAAUUCUAUGUUGAAACGUAUGUUCCUAUUAAUUACUCUCUCUCUCUCUCUCUAUAUAUAUAUAUAUAGUACGCCAUACAUCUUCAUUACCAUACUAAACAAUUUUCCCUUUGCCUUCCCUUUGUUUCUUCAAAACCUAAGCCGCUUUAAUCAAGUUUUUAUAUUUCAUCCAUGGCAGAGGUAGAAAACAGUGUCAAAGUUGUUGCUCAUCCCGUUAGCAAGAAAAGAUCAAAAGAUGCCGAUAAACAAACCUUUAUCACGUCGAAGAAAGCAUCCCUAUUGUUUAAGGACGGUGGUGAUCGGAUUGAUCCAGCGUCGGCGUUAGCAAACGCAAGGCACGAGUUCGGUGAGCAUGGAGGGGUAAACAUGUCAAUUGAAGCGUCGGCAACGUUUACAGUGAUGGAACCUGACACUAUGAGAAAAAUGUUCAAUGGUGAAUUAGGAGCUGAUCGGGAUUUUUUCAUUUAUAGCCGACAUUUUAAUCCGACAGUUUUGAAUCUUAGCCGUUCGAUGGCAGCAAUGGAAGGUACGGAAGCUGCUUAUUGUACUUCAAGUGGUAUGUCAGCUAUAUCGUCUGUUUUGAUGCAGCUAUGUUCCAGUGGUGGACAUGUUGUUGCUUCUCAAUGCUUAUAUGGUGGUACGCAUGCUUUGUUAACACAUUUUCUGCCUAGAGUUUGUAAUAUCACAACUACCUUUGUUGAUGUCAAGGAUUUGGGGAGUGUUAGAAAUGCGAUCGUGGAAGGGAAGACGAAAGUGUUGUAUUUUGAAUCAAUUUCUAACCCAACUUUGGAUGUUGCUAAUGUGUCUGAGCUUUGUAGGAUAGCUCAUGAUAAUGGUGUUAUGGUUGUUGUUGAUAAUACUUUUGCACCUAUGGUUUUGUCUCCGGCUCGACUUGGUGCUGAUGUUGUUGUUCAUAGUAUUUCCAAAUAUAUCAGCGGGGGAGCCGAUAUCAUCGCAGGUGCGAUAUGUGGGCCGGCAAGUGUAGUGAACUCUAUGAUGGAUCUUCAUCAAGGGGCAUUGAUGUUAUUGGGACCCACAAUGAAUGCUAAAGUUGCAUUUGAGCUGUCGGAAAGGAUCCCUCACUUGAGCUUAAGAAUGAAAGCUCAUUGUCAUAGAGCCUUAACAUAUGCAACAAGAAUGAAGAAAAUGGGCUUGAAAGUCAUAUACCCGGGGCUUGAAGAACACCCUGAUCACAAACUUUUGAAAUCAAUAGCCAACCCAGACUAUGGAUUUGGUGGAAUUCUUUGCUUGGACAUGGAAACCGAGGAUCGAGCAAAUCGUUUAAUGAAUCAGUUGCAAAAUUGUACUCAGUUUGGUUUGAUGGCAGUGAGUUUGGGUUAUUAUGAAACACUUAUGUCGUGUUCUUCGAGCAGUACUAGUAGUGAGCUGAAUAACGAGGAGAAAGAAUUGGCGGGGAUAUCUCCAGGGUUGAUUAGAAUGUCGGUCGGAUAUACUGGAACAUUAGAACAAAGAUGGAGCCAGUUUGAGAAAGCUAUCACUCGGAUGUCAGAUGGAAAGCUGUGAAAAUAUGCUAGAUGAUGCUUGAUCAAUCGACUUAGAUUUCUGUUCAAUCUGAUUCCUUCUUUCUUAUUUGUUUGUUUAGAAUCUUGAAUUGUUUUCACUUGAUUAUAAUGUGUCAUACUUGGUACAAUUUUAUGUUCGUUGUUAUUGUACUUUGUUCAAGGACAAUUAUUAAUAUCAAAAAUGAUAUUCCCUCGA